AUGGACUUGAGGGAUGCAAGGGUUGGCUUCUUUCUGUUUUUUAGCUUCUUGCUUGUCACUUUCUCUGAACAAGAUGGUUUCUUGAGUCUUUCUUGUGGUGGAAGAACCAGUUUCAGGGAUUCAUCUAACAUUUCAUGGGUACCAGACAACACCUAUGUAACCACAGGCAAGACUACCACCAUCAUUUAUAGUGAUGGUUCCUCCUCAUUGAACAUCUCAGCUCGGUUCUUCCCAAAUUCCGGAAGGCGAAAAUGUUACAGAAUACCAGCAAACAAUUCAACGACUUUGGUUCUUGUUAGAGCAAAAUUUGUGUACAAGAACUAUGAUGGACUUGGGAAACCCCCUAAGUUCUCUGUUUCAAUUGGGACAGCUAUUGCUGCCACCAUAAAUCUUGCUGAAGAAGAUCCAUGGAGUGAAGAGUUUCUAUGGACAGUCAACAUAGAUACACUGCCAUUCUGCUUAAUUGCAAUGCCUAAAGGAGGUUCACCUGUAAUUUCUUCUCUUGAAAUCAGACCACUUCCUCAGGGAGCCUACACAAAUGGCAUGACAGAUUUUCCUAACAAAUUGCUUAGGAAGAGUUAUAGAAUUGAUUGUGGACACUCAAAUGAUUCUAUAAGGUAUCCCUUGGAUCCAUUUGAUAGAAUAUGGGAUGCUGAUAGAAGUUUCACACCCUUUCAUGUUGCCACUGGGUUUAAGAUUCAACUUAGCUUCAGGCAGUCUAGUCUUGUGGAAGAACCACCAGCAGCUGUUCUUCAAACUGGGAGAGUUUUGGCUCGAAGAAAUACUCUGACAUACAACCUCCCUCUUGAUGCAUUAGGGGACUACUACAUCAUCCUCUACUUUGCAGGAAUUCUUCCUGUCUUCCCGUCAUUUGAUGUCCUUAUAAAUGGAGAACUAGUAAAAUCAAACUACACAAUAAAUAGCUCUGAAACCAGUGCUUUAUACUUGACACGAAAGGGAAUUGAGAGCUUGAAUAUAACAUUAAAGAGUAUCAGCUUUUACCCUCAAAUCAAUGCAUUUGAGGUUUAUAAGAUAGUUGAUAUUCCAACUGAUGCCUCCUCAACCACAGUUUCAGCACUGCAGGUUAUUCAGCAGUCCACUGGAUUUGAUCUUGGAUGGCAGGAUGAUCCAUGUCUGCCUUCCCCGUGGGAGAAAAUUGACUGUGAAGGAAGCCUUGUUACAUCAUUGGAUCUUUCAGACAUAAAUUUGAGAUCCAUUAGUCCUACAUUUGGUGACUUGUUAGACCUCAAAAAAUUGGAUUUGCACAACACAUCACUUACUGGUGAAAUACAGAAUUUGGAUGGCUUGCAGCAUCUUGAGAAACUGAACCUGAGUUUCAAUCAACUAACAUCUAUUGGUGCAGAUCUGGAGAACUUGAUUAACCUUCAAAUAUUAGACUUGCAGAACAAUAGUCUAAUGGGAGUAGUGCCUGAUGGCUUGGGAGAGUUAGAGGACCUCCACUUAUUAAAUCUGGAAAACAACAAACUACAAGGUCCUCUGCCACAGUCUUUGAACAAAGAAACAUUAGAGAUCAGGACAUCUGGUAAUUUGUGUCUUACCUUUUCCACAACAUCAUGUGAUGAUGCAUCAUCCAGUCCUCCAAUUGAGGCACCACAAGUUACUGUAGUUCCUCAGAAGGAGCACAAUGUACAUAAACAUCUAGCAAUCAUUCUAGGCAUGGUUGGAGGAGUCAUACUAGCCUUUCUCUUAGUGUGUAUUUCAGUAUUGAUAUACAAGACCAAACAGCAAUAUGAAGCCUCCCACACAUCAAGAGGAGAAAUGGAUAUGAGGAACUGGGGAGCUGCAAAAGUCUAUUCCUACAAGGAAAUCAAAGUAGCUACAAGAAAUUUCAAAGAAGUAAUAGGAAGGGGUAGUUUUGGAUCUGUUUAUCUUGGAAAACUUCCAGAUGGAAAGUCUGUAGCUGUCAAAGUUCGAUUUGACAAAUCUCAACUGGGUGCUGAUUCUUUCAUCAAUGAGGUUAAUCUAUUGUCAAAAAUCCGGCAUCAAAAUCUUGUGUCUUUGGAAGGAUUUUGUCAUGAAAGAAAGCAUCAGAUAUUGGUUUAUGAGUACUUGCCUGGUGGAUCCCUGGCUGAUCACCUCUAUGGUACAAACAGUCAAAAAACUUCCUUAAGCUGGGUGCGAAGGUUGAAAAUUGCUGUUGAUGCAGCAAAAGGAUUGGAGUAUUUGCACAAUGGAAGUGAACCACGAAUCAUACACCGUGAUGUGAAGUGCAGUAACAUCCUCUUGGAUAUGGAUAUGAAUGGCAAGGUCUGUGACUUGGGUCUCUCUAAGCAAGUAACUCAGCCUGAUGCAACUCAUGUCACCACUGUUGUCAAGGGAACUGCUGGUUACCUCGAUCCAGAGUACUAUUCCACUCAACAGUUGACAGAAAAAAGUGAUGUAUAUAGCUUUGGAGUUGUUCUUUUGGAACUCAUUUGUGGAAGAGAGCCAUUGACUCACUCUGGAACUCCUGACUCGUUCAACUUGGUGUUAUGGGCCAAGCCAUACUUGCAAGCUGGUGCAUUUGAGAUUGUGGAUGAGGACAUAAGAGGAAGUUUUGAUCCCUUGAGUAUGAGGAAGGCAGCUUUCAUUGCCAUAAAGUCAGUGGAGAGGGAUGCAUCACUGAGGCCUUCUAUUGCUGAGGUAUUGGCAGACCUAAAUGAAGCCUACAAUAUUCAGCUCAGAUUCCUUGAAUCUUCUCAGAAUGAGAUUUGA